UGGACGCCCCUGGCCCCCGGUCCCCGGCCUGCGGAGGGUACCGGCGGCUGCGGCCCUGCGCGGGGCCGGGGCGGGCCGAGCCAAGGGCCGCCCCCGGCCGACCCUCCCCCUGCCGGGCCCGCCCUCCCCGCCGCGGCGCUGGAGGAGGGCGGGGCGGGGCCCUGGGGUCAGUCUGAGCCUCCGGCACCGGCCGCGCAGCUGGAGGCGGCGGAGCGGAAGCCUUGACUUCAUCUCAGCUCCAGAGCCCGCCCUCUCUUCCUGCAGCCUGGGAACUUCAGCCGGCUGGAGGUCAGUUCCCCUCCCCAGGGAAGGAGGAAGUGAGGGAAGCUGCGAAGGUGUGAUGAACUGUGCAGAUGCUGGCCGUGUGCGCUGGGGGCGGGGGACACAUGGAAGCCCGGGAAGCUGACUCCUUGCCCUGAGUCACAGGGAGGGGUGGGCAGGGCAUGCGGGUGAGCUGGACUGAGGGAGGAAGGGGCUGUUCCAGAGUGGGUGGAGGUGAUUCCCUGGUGGAUUCUUCUCAGUCACUGUGCUGUGGUAGAUGUGUGGCUCCCUACAGUGUGGUCAUUGUCCCCUGCCAGGGGCUGAGUGACCCAGUGUUGCUGGCAGGCCCAGGAGGAAGGGGGGAGGAAGGCAGCCUGCCCAAACUCGAGCUGUGGGCACUGCUGGGACUGAGCCUCCUUUGUAUUACUUGGGGCUUUGGGGACCGGGUGGGAUGGACCAGGGAAGCUGGCUGGCUGCUACCCCUGUCCUCUGUCUGGGUUUCCCUGCUUCUGCUCUCCUUCCUGCUACCCCUGUCCUCUGUCUGGGUUUCCCUGCUUCUGCUCUCCUUCCUGCCGCUGAGGUGACAUGUCGAAGAGGCAUGGCUUUGAGUCACACAGUCCUGCUUUGGGUGCUAUCCCUGCCGCUUAUGAGCCACAGCUCUGAAUCUGUGUCUUAACCUCACUGAGCCUUAGUUUCCUAGUUUGUCAAAAUGGAAAGUGCACAUCUACCUUCCAGGCAUCUGGGGACCGAAGGAGAUAAUUCCUGCCAAAAUGCCCGACAGAGUGCCUGGCACCUAGGGGCUCUAUAACUAUUCUUCCUUUACCCACCUACCACCUGGUAGCUGGUUCUGCUACUCUGGUCCUAGAGAGGGACUCCUCAUUUGUGACUGGACAGCCCCACCAUGGCUGCAAUCCGAAAGAAGCUGGUGAUCGUUGGGGAUGGUGCCUGUGGGAAGACCUGUCUCCUCAUCGUCUUCAGCAAGGAUCAGUUUCCGGAGGUCUACGUCCCUACUGUCUUUGAGAACUAUAUUGCGGACAUUGAGGUGGACGGCAAGCAGGUGGAGCUGGCUCUGUGGGACACAGCAGGGCAGGAAGACUAUGAUCGACUGCGGCCUCUCUCCUACCCGGACACUGAUGUCAUCCUCAUGUGCUUCUCCAUCGACAGCCCCGACAGCCUGGAAAACAUUCCUGAGAAGUGGACCCCAGAGGUGAAGCACUUCUGCCCCAAUGUGCCCAUCAUCCUGGUGGGGAAUAAGAAGGACCUGAGGCAAGACGAGCACACCAGGAGAGAGCUGGCCAAGAUGAAGCAGGAGCCCGUUCGGUCUGAGGAAGGCCGGGAUAUGGCGAACCGGAUCAGUGCCUUUGGCUACCUUGAGUGCUCAGCCAAGACCAAGGAGGGAGUGCGGGAGGUGUUUGAGAUGGCCACUCGGGCUGGCCUCCAGGUCCGCAAGAACAAGCGUCGGAGGGGCUGUCCCAUUCUCUGAGAUCCCCAAGGCCUUUCCUACAUGCCCCCUCCCUUCACAGGGGUACAGAAAUUAUCCCCCUACAACCCCAGCCUCCUGAGGGCUCCAUGCUGAAGGCUCCCAUUUUCAGUUCCCUGCUGCCCAGGACUGCAUUGUUUCCUAGCCCCGAGGUGGUGGCACGGGCCUUCCCUCCCAGUGCUCUGGGAGCCAGGCCUACGCCCUGCCCUUCCUCAGGGCCCCUGGGGCUCUUGCCCCCUUUGACCUUCCCCAAAGGAUGGUCACACACCAGCACUUUAUACACUUCUGGCUCACAGGAAAGUGUCUGCAGUAGGGGACCCAGAGUCCCAGGCCCCUGGAGUUGUUUUCGGCAGGGGCCUUGUCUCUCACUGCAUUUGGUCAGGGGGGCAUGAAUAAAGGCUACAGGCUCCAA